AUGAAAAUGUGUGGUGUAGAAAUCUGCGUUGAAACCUUUGAAAGUGCGCAAGCAGCAUUUGCAGCUGGAGCUGAUCGAAUAGAACUUUGCUCGGCGUUAGAACUUGGGGGUCUAACACCUUCGAUAGGUCUCUUGAAGAUGAUAAAACAGAAUAUCCCUGAUCUGACAGUUUAUUGCUUGAUAAGAUGUAGGACUGGCGGUUUCGAAUACACAGAGGGUGAAAUUGACAUUAUGAAGGAGGAGAUCAAGUCUUUGGAAACUGCUGGGUCUGAUGGUUUUGUAAUCGGCUGUCUCAGGAGAGAUUCCGGCUUGUUGAAAGUUUGUCAACGCGACGCAACAAGUCUUGUGAAUUCCUCUCAAAAGCCGUUCACUUUCCAUCGUGCAUUUGACGUAAAAGAGCUUCCGCGCUCGUUGACUGGAAUUCGCCUUGGUUGGUCGGCCAUCGCUCUGUUGCUCAGUUUUGUUGUAGCGCUCUCCAUUAGCAUCUAUAAUUAUCCAUAUCCAUGCGUCGGGCUUCCGAUUUGCUUCGGAAUCGGCGGUGUCGGGCAGUUAUGGGACCUUGUUGGCCACAUUAUGUACAUUCAAGAUUUGUGGCGACCUUGGCUCCGUGGACUCAAGCUCUUCGUCGGCGUUGGAUAUUUACUUCUCCUAGGCUCUAUCGGCUGCUUGAUAGCAUUUGUCGUGAUGGCGCACCUGGAAGGUGUUUCUGACUGGCACUUUUGCUCCUGGAAUGCAGCCGCCCUCGGAACUAUUUGGCCGAUAAUGAGCGCCCUGCAGCUGAUUUUCCAUUCAAAACUCUAUCGAAGUGAGUUCCGUGAGCUGAGAGCUCUUCUGGACUAUUGA